AUGACUUUUCGAUAUACUCCUGAGGAAAUUGAGGAGUUAUGCAAGAUUCCUCCAUGGACUGAUAGUCCACUUGACAAGCAGAAUAAAUUAAUUUAUGAUCAAGUUCCUUUAACUAGAAAAUGCAUUGUCGACCAAUGUUUGUUUUGGUGCGACGUAGCUCAAAGAUUCAAACAUAACUUACAUUUUAAGAGAAAACACCCUACAGAUUCACAAAAUCCUAAUGCUUCAGAUCCCUAUGGUGAAUUCAUUGUAGGUAUUGUUGGAUGUGGCUCUGUAGGAUCAAAAUUCGUAAAAGAAUUGCUCAAGCGUGAAAUUGUUAGACCUGAACAAAUUAGAAUCUCUUCUCGAACUCCAUCAAGAGCAAAACAACGCUGUGGACUUGAAGUCGUACAAAAUAACGUCGAAGUCGCUUCUCAUUGCACAAUUCUCUUUUUGUUUGUGUUACCAUUUCAUUUUAGAAACUUUUCAAGAGAAAUUAGAGAUGCAAUUCAAGGUUCAAGACCUUUAGUCGUAUCUUCUCUUGCAGGCUUCACACCUAUGUACUUACAGCGCGCUCUUAAUACUCCAUUUUUGAUUACAACGGGAGUUGAUAUGGAUACAAUCAAAGCUGCAGCUCAGCAUCUUGAUGAAGAAUUCCCACUUGCAUCAUUUGCUACUGGUGAAGAACUUGUUCACUUCCAAGAAUACUUUGUUGGUGUUUUUCAAGAAGUUAAUCAACAAAAUUCAAAAUUAACCUUUUCUGAUUUAAAUCCUCAACAACCUGAACAAGAUUUGAAGAAUGCAUAUAAUCCAUUCCAAGCCACCAUUAGUAAUCCAAAAACUCUUGCAAGAUUACAUCGCGCUUCUUUUGCAGCAGAAAGCCUUGCAAACUGCGGAAUUGACUUCUUAAAUUCGACUAUUACUGCUCUAAAGGAUUGGAUUUCACUGGAUCCUGCUUAUACAAGAAUUCAAAUUAAAGAAGAGACUUACAACAAACUUUGGGCAAGAAGUUUUAUACCAUUGUCAUCUCUUACACGUGUUGAAUCUAUCUAUACUUCAGGAGCUGUUGAACAGCAACUUCCAGUAAGAUUUAUGCUUAAAAGAGCUUUUAUUCGUUCCCUUCUUGGAAAUGCUCUUGGAAUGAAUAUUCAAUCAGAGCAAAAGGUUUCUCAGGGAAUGCCUCUGCAGAUUCCUUCAGAAGAAAGGCCGGAACAAAAAUAA